AUGACCCCCAGCCACUUCGAGCAUCCGAGGCCCCCAACUCUUCCAGUGCUCUUCCUGCCGAGCCCCGCUGUAGUUCUCCCCGCGCUCACAGUCACAGUGCCUAUCACAGAUGACAUACUCCGCCCGCUUGUUAAGCUCGUCCAACAAUCUGACUACCCCAUACUUGGUGUCUUCCCAUUCCUUGGCAACGAUGCUCCCAUCCAUGAGUGGGGUUGCGCCGCCCGUCUAUUAAGGCUUUCUCGCCCUUCGGGGCUGUCCCUAAACUCUAGAUCGUCACACUAUUCCGUUACCCUCCAGGGCCUUACUCGUAUUCGUCUCGCGAAGGUCUCACCGAUCGUCGAUGAGUCCCCUGACCAUCUUCCAGAAUACUCCGUGGUAUAUCCAUCUCCUGAAGACAAUGACGACUUGCCAUCACCAGAGUUAGACCAUUCUUUCCGAUCGGCUGCGAACAGAAUUAUCGAACGAAUGGAGUUCGAGACCAUCGCUGGUAACUCUCCGCCUCUAAACGGCCGAGGCAGUCCCGAAGUAUGGCGGACCCUUCGUUCUUUGAUUUCUGAAGCAAAACCAAAUGGUUUGGUUUGGCUUGCUGACAUGAUGAUCGGUGUUGUCAGUGCCGAAUGGGAGGAUAAAUUAGCUUUCUUGUCUGCUGCAACAGUUAACCAACGCAUCCAGAAAGCGGUGGAAAUUUUCAACAAGCGUGCAGACAUAUCGGAAGUCGCCACCAAGAUUUCGCAGGAUGUUAGCGAAUCCGUCUCGAAGCAGCAGAAGGAAUUUUUCUUACGUCAACAGCUGCAAGCGAUCCAGCGCGAGCUGGCAAGAUUGACACGGAAUAAUUCACCAUCAUCAGUAAGCCGGAAGAAGAUAAGUGAGAGUGAUUCUCCAACUACCGGUUCGGAGCUCGACGACGAUAACGAUGAGGGCGACGACUUGAGUGACAUGAAGAAGCAAAUUGAAGCGAUGAAUCCGGGUAGUGAGGAGAGGAAGAUGGCUGUAAGAGAAUACAAGCGACUCAAGCGGAUACCCUCCGGUAGUGUGGAGAACGGAGUCAUACGCAACUAUCUGGAGUGGCUCACAUCCUUACCAUGGCCCGGAACAAUCGCCCAGGACCGAUAUUGGGCAGCGCAGUCUGUCGUUCUUGACAAAUCAUUCCUUGACAGAGCGAGGCGGCAACUUGACGAGGAUCAUUAUGGAUUAGAAAAAAUUAAACGACGAUUGAUUGAAUAUCUAGCAGUUGUACGUUUGAAAUCACUGAACGAAGUCCGAGCAGCGGAGAUCCCGCCUGCCUCAAAUGCCCUUGGUCUUAAUGCCACUUCAUUGACGCCGGUACCCACGAAGAAAGCCCCAACCACGAGCAAGGGCCCAAUACUCCUAUUAGUGGGGCCCCCAGGGUGCGGAAAGACAUCCGUUGCACAGUCAGUCGCGAAGGCCUUGGACAGACCAUUCCAGAGGAUAUCGCUGGGAGGUAUACGUGACGAAGCUGAAAUCAGAGGUCACAGGCGCACGUACGUUGCAAGCGGUCCAGGAGCAGUUGUUCAAACCCUCCGAAGGGCUGGCAGGCCAAAUAUGGUUCUUCUCUUGGAUGAGAUUGACAAGGUUGGACAUAAUAACUUCCAUGGUGACCCGUCGGCUGCCCUUCUGGAGGUGCUGGAUCCCGAGCAAAACCACGCAUUCAAUGACCAUUAUAUCAAUGUUCCGGUUGAUUUGAGUCAAGUUUUGUUCAUUGCAACCGCAAACACUCUGGAUACAAUUAGCGGGCCUCUCAGGGAUCGAUGCGAGGUUGUGUAUCUGUCAGGCUACACGUAUGACGAAAAGAUACACAUUGCUAAGCGUUUCCUCGUCUCAAAACAGGCGAAGGCAAAUGGAUUGCCAAUGGAUCAACUUAAAAUUACCGACUCCGCCAUGCAAUACAUUGCGUCGCGUUAUACACGGGAAGCGGGGGUGCGGAAUCUUGAGCGUCAAAUUGGCGCCGUCGUUCGCUUUAAAGCAGUGCAGUGGGCUGAUUCUCAUGACACAAGCAACCAAUCUACCUAUAAUCCUGUUGUAGACGUUCAAGACUUGGGGGAAAUCCUUGGGCUUGAAUGGUGGGACCCUGAAGAGCGGGAGCGAGAGGGAAGAAAGGGAAUCGUUAAUGGAAUGGUCGUUCAAGGCGAGGGUGAAGGAGGUAUUCUUAAUGUCGAAACUAUCCUUAUCCCAGGUAGCGGAAAACUGCGUCUGACAGGUUCGCUUGGCGAAGUGAUCCGGGAGAGUGGAGAAAUUGCGCUUAGUUGGGUCAAGUCGAACGCAUUCUUACUUGGAAUUACGUCUUCCUCGAUGGAAGAUCCUUUGCUGCAUCCUGACCAUGUGGACGUUCAUUUACACCUCCCCGCUGGUGCACAGAAAAAAGAUGGUCCUUCCGCUGGGAUUGCUAUGGUCUGUGCCUUCGUUUCCCUCUUCACCGGAGCUGUGGUCCCCUCAAAUGUCGCCAUGACGGGUGAAAUCACACUGCGUGGUCACAUCACCGCAAUUGGUGGCGUCAAGGAGAAAUUGCUUGGCGCGCAUCGAGCGGGGAUCUCUACCGUAAUCCUUCCGGCGAAGAAUAGAAAGAAUGUGGAGCACGACUUAGGCAAUCACCCUCUCCGUCGCCAGAUGAAUAUUGUUUUUGUAAACACUGUUCGGGAGGCGCUAGACGCUGCCUUCGGUCCUGGGGUCCUCUCUUGGAGGGAUUCCCUGCGUCCCGGCUUCCUCGAGAGCAGGUUGUAA